AAACAAGCUGAGAUACUUUACGAGUUGGACGUUGACAUUCCUUUGCUAAUCGAUGAUAUCGUCUUCGAUCCAUCUCCACAUCGAAUCCAAUCUGCCACCCGAAAAAUAUCUGCUAAUGAUAAUAUUUAUUAUUUAGAGAGGGAGUGGACAAGUAUUUCUCUCUGCUCUUCAGAUUGGGUAUUAACCAAAAAAAAUAAAACUUGGUAUGACAUAUCGGCUGGAGAAUUGCUAAUUGAAACUCUAAUUAGAGAAGCAAAAUCCUCUAACAGUAACUCUUUUAAGUUGCCUGAGAUUCCAUCAAACUUUCUCUCUCUGAUCUAUACUGAUAUUAUUAGAAAGACUGAUGUCGCUAGACUUAAAGGAGCAGGAUGGUCUAUUAAAAAGAAAGCAUCUACUGCUUUUAAUACUCAAAGAGAAAAGGCAUGUCUGAUUAUAUCAGCACGUCAUAAUCCCCAAUCGAUAAGUGAAUUGGUCCAAUUCAAACAUUUAGCAAAACCAGAGUAUAUUACGGAUCUAAGUAGCCGAAUAUUGGUUCACUUAGAGCAACUUGAUGACUACAAUAACAUUAUACUUGCAACCAAUGCUCUUAUACCAGAAACAAAUUGCUCCCUUUUACAAGCUCCAAUACUGCAAUUCCUUCAAGACUAUUAUGGAGAUUUAUAUACGAAAUUGAGCAGGCUGUCAUGGGGUCCAUUUGCACCGAAGCCCUUUGAAGUUUUCCCAAUGAUAGCUAUUAAUUUUAAUACCACUAGUAACUAUCAUUGGGAUGAGCAUGACGAGACAAAUAGUUUAUGUGUCUUAGUUCUCCAAAUGGUCGUAUAUCUUAGGCCAGAACAAAUCAUAGCAUUUGCCUUACAUUUAUUACUUCAUGCUUAUAUUAAGGCUGGAAUUAAGAAAGGUGCUAAUAGACCAAUGGUUUCUGAGCAAGAUCUCAAUAAUGCUCAGGGUUUGAACCACCAGACUCAUCUCCCCAAACCGAAAGCAAAACAAAUACAG